ACUAAUUUCUCACUCAGUUAUGAACAUGAUUUAUUACCAAUGUUUUCAUUGAGUCAAGAUAGCAGUGUGAUUAACUGGAUCAAAUUCACAAAGAAGCUCCGUGAAAAGGAGUAAAGAAAGUUAUUUUGAAAUGAACUAAUCGGAUGAAUAUGAACGAUCAAGCGGAGUGUUGACUCGAAUUUCCUGUUUAUUCAUGAAAAUGCCUGCCAAUGUUACUCUCUAGUGUCGACAUUUUUCUUGCUUCCAUCUUCUCUGUCGACCAAAUUUCUAUUUACCUUUUUCUUCUGUCUCUCAAUUUGGUAGACAGAAUAAAAGGGAGAACAAAAUGUGUCCCUAUUUUUGUAACACACGCACAUUAUUAUUAUCCUAAUUUACUCUCUUCUUCUCUUCUUUUUCUUCUUUCUUCUUCUUCCUCUCUUUUCGAGUGAGACUCAAAGUAACUUGGGAUAGUUUACCCUUGAUUGAGUUUCUCCAUCAUCAUUAUCAUCACCAUUUGGAACAGUAAAGUUACAUGAGUGAGAACAGAGAGAAUAGAAGAAAAAAAGGAAAAAAUAUUUCUUUUUGUUGUUCGUCACAACGAAACCAACGUUGUGCACUUUUCUUCAACUUUUGUGUUUACAUUUUUAUUUGCCAUUUGCUUCUUUCCAAUUGAACAUCAAUGUUUGAUCUUGUUUUCAUUUUAAACAUUUAAUCAUCAAUAUCAUUAUUUACCUUGCAAAUGUAUUGAUACUCAUCAUCGUUGUUAUUUAUUUUGUUGAACAAUUUACAUUCAAAACAAAGUUAUGAAUUGAGUUGGAAGUGAAACAAUGAAGUAUGAAGAAAGAACCAAUCACUUAUCAGCAAAUCCAGCAAACAAUAGAUCAACAGUAUUUCCCUCAACGAGAUAGUCAACCGUCUCAGGCUCAGUCGAGUCCAGCUCCAUCAGCCAGUCCUUCAUCAUCACCUCAACCAACAUCAACAUCUACAGCCGGAGGAAGGUUUGACUUCGACGACGGUGGAAUCUAUGUUGGUGGCUGGCAGGAUGGAAAAGCACACGGCCAUGGAGUAUGUACAGGACCCAAAGGCCAAGGUGAAUACAGUGGCUCAUUUAGUUAUGGAUUUGAAGUUUGUGGCGUCUAUAAGUGGCCAAGUGGAGCCAUUUAUGAAGGUCAAUGGUCUAAUGGUAAACGGCAUGGAUUAGGUGUUGAGUUUCGUGGUAAAUGGAUUUACAAAGGUGAAUGGACUCAGGGUUACAAGGGCCGUUAUGGUGUUAGAGGUUCAGCCGUUUCUUGUGCCAAAUAUGAGGGAACCUGGGCCAAUGGGUUACAUGAUGGUUAUGGUUCUGAAACUUAUGCCGACAGUGGAACCUAUCAAGGACAGUGGCUUCGUGGUAUGCGCCAUGGUUAUGGAGUGCGUCAUUCGGCUCCUUAUGGCCAUUGCAGUGUUACUAAAGACGUUUUAAUGAAAAACUCUAACAGCUUGUCGAUUCAAUCGCUCGACACGGAAAGUGAAACUGAGUCAGUUUAUGAUCCAGUGAAACGUGAUGCAACCAUGAGAGGUGGCUUUGUUCUUGUUGCUAAAAGUCAACCAACAUCAACCUUGAGACGACGUCAUAGUUCAUUGGGUGAUAAAACGUCACCACCAGCAGCACAAAAGACUGGCUUUUUAAAAGGAUUUCGUUUAAAGAAGCAAAAGUCAACAGGUGACAUUGAUAUGCGUUCAGCUAGAUCAACUUCAUCAUCAGUUGCCUCUUCAAUUGACUCAGCUUCCUCAGCACCCAUUGCAAGUAAACAUUUGUACCAUUCAUCUCGUGAUCCAAUUGAUCCAGACACAGUUUCAAACAACUCGUUCCUCGCCCAAGAAGCAGAAAUCUCUGACCCAUCAACAACCGAAACUUACAUGGGUGAAUGGAAGAAUGAUAAACGCUGUGGAUUUGGAAUUUGUGAAAGAUCGGACGGACUUCGGUAUGAAGGUGAAUGGUACAAUAAUAAAAAGUACGGUUAUGGAGUAACCUUUUUCCGUGAUGGAACCCGUGAAGAGGGAAAAUAUAAAAACAAUUGUUUGGUGACCAACGCCAAGAAGAAGCACCUAUUUGUUUUACGUUCCUCUAAACUCAGGGAUAGGAUAGAGUCGGCUGUUGGUGCAGCUCGUCAAGCUCAACAGAUUGCCCUUCAAAAGGCAGACAUUGCCAUAAGCAGGACAACUACGGCUCGUAGUAAGGCUGAUCAAUCGGAGCAAGUUGCUGCUCAGUCUCGAACCGAUUCCGCUUUAGGUUAUAGCAUUGCUAAACAAUGUGGUGGCUCCGAUGCCAUUAAAAACCUGCACUCACCUGAUGUACCCUUGCGAGGUCGACUCUCCAACUUUUCCUCCAUACGUCGAGGUGCCUCUCGACCUCAACGUUUCCAUUCGCCUUCACCUUCACCCUCUCAGACAGCUUCUAGUCUAACUGGUUCUAAACAGUAUCUAGACGUUAAUGAACCUUUCGGUGGUCGUCGAGGUUCCUUCCGUUCUGGAUCAAAUUCCCAACUCAAUGAGAAUACAAGAAAUUCUUCUUUCACAAGUCAAUCCAAUCGAACGUUCGAUCAAAGUCAUCAACAAGAGCAGCAGAACCAAUCGAAUCGCUUACCUCAUUCACUGGCUCCAUCAGGGGCCAGCUCAAGCUUACACUCUCAACCAAUGCCUUCUCAAAGUAGCCAUCAACAUGCAUUUAUUCAUCAUCAAAACCAACAAUACCAAGCCAACAACGACGACUCUUCGGCCGACCAUCUAGACCAAUAUCAAAAACUAGUUUCUCGCUACGGUAAAGUCAGCAAACCUCCGUCUUUCGAACCACCUUCCUUUAGUCGCUUAAACAUUAAUAGAUCACAAAAUUUGGGUUCAAGUGAUUUGAAUAAAAUUUAUGGAACCAGUUCAUCCAUUGAUUCAGGCCGUGAAACGGACAACUCGAGUGAUGCUGGACUUGCACUGCCUACACCAAUUGACAUGUCGUCCGAGUCAAGUAGCUCAACAAAAACACCCUUAAGAACAGCUUCAUUGUAUCGACUUCCAGCCUCAAGUGGUGCAUCACACGCCAGUAAACCAAAUGAUUCUGGUGGUUCAGGCGGCACUAAAAGUGGCCCACUCAAAAGGAAACCCUCACUUCAGUCAAUCUCAUCCAAACCUAUUAAAGAACCAGUUAUGAGCAGGGAAGAAGUUUCAGUUCUGUCCCAUGCAACCCGGGAACAACGUCGUCAAGAAGCGGAAAGAGCCGAAAGAUUAACCCACAAUCCCUUGCUCUACUUUGUAGAUCCACAGUUUAAAGAAUGGUUAAGUCGACAGCAGAUCAUCAUUGCAGUUAUCCUCAUCAAUAUUACUCUAGCAAUUAUAUUUUUUAAGCUUUUAGGCUGAACAAAGUUUCAUCAAGUUUUCUCCACUUUUUUCGAUUCUUUCUCUUACAAUUUAAUUAUCGUUGUCGCGGCUGUUUUUCCCCUCAAACUUGAUUGACCAGCAAAAGCAAAAUUGAGAACCACUUGAAUACUCAACCAAUUCACCGACAGAAAUUUUCGGUUGAAAAGGAAAAGUUGAACAGCUUUAUGUAACGAUCAAAAUGUUGGAGUGAAAAUUUCACUCUUUCACUGUAAAUAGUUGAUUGUUUUACUGAUGAAAUAUGUCUAAACACGAAAAUGCAAACUUUUUGUCUUUCACUUUUAAACUGCAAACAUUUUUUUCCACUGAAAA